UCGAGUAGGGGGCUCCGUUGCCAUGGCAACAGGCUAGGCCCGCUGCUUGCGGCCUACCCCUCUACUCGAGCGAAGGCUCCGUUGUCUCGGCAACGGGAAUAGGCCGCACCGGAGCGGACGGGACCCCCGGACCCCGCGACCGGGAACGGGGCCCGAUGGUUCCCAGACCCCCGGUGAGUCACGGGAGCGGCGGCGGCGGCACCCCCCGUGUCCCCGGCGCACCCCGGACAUGCGGCCGCUGCGAGGGAGGGGCUGACCCUGCCCGUGCCCAGCGAGUCCCGGCCCCGCUUCGGCCAUGGCCUCGCAGCCGCAGCCCCUGCGCCCGGCCCUGCCCUGCGCCGCCACCGCGGGCACCGGGGGGCUGGCGGGCGGCAGCCCCGACACAGGCGCCGCCCGGCCCAAGCCCCCGCUGCGGCCCAAGCCCCGCGUGCUGCCCAAGCCGGCCGUGCCCGCCAAGGCCCCGCCGCCGGGCCCGCGGCACCCGCGCCCCGAGCUGCCCUCAGCCGAGAAGAUGAGCCGCCUGGCCGGGCCCCAGCCCUACGGCACCGGCAGCGCGGGGGGGCCCCUCCGCCGGCCCUCCUUCACCAUCAAGUCCCCCGAGACCCCCGCCGGGAAGGGGCUGCCCUCCCCCGUAGCAGCUGCAGCCGGGGACGCAGCGGGUGCGACCCCCGGUGAGGAGCCCCCCACGCCACCGACCCCCUCCCGCAAGGGCCCGGCCCCCUUCAAGGUGACGCCGGUGCCAGUGGCCACCAAACCGGAGCGGUUCCCAGGCACCACCGUGGAGCAGAUCCUGGCCAAGAUGGACACCAGGGAGGGCCCGGGGAGCCCCGACCGAGCCCGGCUCUGCCCCGACCCCUCCUCACGCUUCGGCUCCAAGCCCUUCGCCGCCUUCCGGAGGCGCCCCAGUGGGGAGGCGGAUGGGGCCCCCCCCGGCGAGGCCCCCCAACCCGCGGCGGGAGAGCUGGGGCCAGGGGAUGACGGACACCCCACAGCCGAGAUGAGCGGCUCCCCCCCCGCCGGCCCGAGCAGCGCCGGGGCCCCCCGCGGACGCCGGAGGCCGCGCUCCCCCCCUGACCUCUCCUCUCUGCAGCCGGGCCCCCCCGGGCCCCCCGGCUCCCCCAGGCCCCCCUCCUGCCCGGCUCCGGCCCCAGGGGCUCCCUCCCAGCCCUGUGCUGCGGCCCCCGGCUCCCCCCAUGCCCCCCCCGAGCUCCUGGCCCCCGGCUCCCCAACACGGGCCCCCGGCUCCCCUGAAUCCCAGCCUGCAGCCGGGGCCUCGGCCGCCUCCAUCCAGGCCCCAGGUGCUCCCUCCUCCACAGCCGAGCCCCGGCUCCGCAUCUCCCGCUCCCCCGGCUCCCCCCACACGCCCGGAGAGGGGUCCCCCGACACAGCCACCCCCCCCGGCACCCCCGAGCUGCCCCCCAGCCCCCCCGGCACUCCUGAGCUGCCCCCCCGGGCCACCUGCCCCCCCGGCUCUCCCGAGGCUGCUGUCGAGUACCCGGCCUCCCCCAGCCCACCCCCCGAGCCCCCGGGUAAAGCCUCUUGGCCCCCGGGCUCCCCGGAGGGACCCGAUGACCCCCCGGUGUCUCCACUGUCCCCCGAGGGUCCCAGCUUCAGCCCCGCUCCCCCUUGCAGGGACUCGGGGCUGCGGCGCUCGUCAGAGGGGGUGCUGCAGCCCCCCCCCGCGGGGCAGGGCAUGGGGGGGCUGGGGGGCUCGCUGGGCGCCCUGCCCCGGCCCGGGGACGCGCUGCCGGAGCCGGCGCUGGGCAGCGACUCCGGCUGGAGCCUCUCCCAGUCCUUCGAGUGGACGUUCCCAUCGCGGGGGGCCCGGUGGGUCGCGUCCCCCCCCCGCUCCCCCAUCCGGGAGACGGGUGACUCGGACGGGGAGGACCCGACCCCCGGAGCCGCCGAGCCCGGCCCCCGGGGAGCGGGGGGGGCCCCCUGUCCGGGGGGGCCCGUGGCCCAGGCGGAGGCCGAGGGCUCGCCGGAGGAGGAUGAUGAUGGGGAGGCAGAGCAGGACGUGGCACUCUGCGUGACGGAGCCUGGCCGGGACCCAGCUGAGCAUGAGCCCCACAUCGAGGCCACCCCACCGGAUCCGGCCCCACCGGCUCCAGCCGCGGCGGCCGGCUCGGUUUGGGCACCGGAGGGAGACUCUGCGCUGAGCCUGCAGGGCCCCGGCGGGCCGGGCCGGGCCGGAGGGUCCCCGAGGAGCCGCGAGGCGCCCGGUGACCCGGGCUGGCUGACGGAGCUGUUGGCAUCACCCGGAGCACACACGGGGCAGGGCCCGGAGGGCCUGCUCGGCUGGUCGCGGAAGGACCUGAGCAGCGAGUUCGGCAUCGGCACAGCCCGCCCCGGCAGCGCCUUCCACUGGGCCCGCGAGAGAGACUGGCCCCGGGAGCUGCAGCGGGACCAGGAGUUCGGGACCGAACGGAGCUGGGGCAGCGCCGGGGCUGGGGACCGGCCCUUUGGCACCGCCGGGAGCGACUGGGGCAGCGGCUGCCGAGGGACCGAGCUGCCGGGGGACACAGGGCUGGGCCACAGCGACUGGCACAAAGCCCCUGGCGCCGGGGAGAGCUGCCGGCAGGGCCAGGACUUCAGUGCCAGCAAACCCACGUGGGGCACCAGCUACGGCUUGGACAGCACCGGCAGCGGGGAGGGAAUCGGCUCCGGGAACGCCGACUGGAGCAGCAGCUACAGCGUGGGGCGAGCCCAGCACCAGGACGAGGAGCCGAGCUCCAGGCAGCCCAGCUGGGCCGGCAGGUACGGCUCCGGGGAUCCGGAGAGCCAGGACCGGGACAUCACAGCAGCAUGGGCUGGCCAGUACGGCUCCGGGGAUCCAGAGAGCCAGGACCGGGACAUCACACCAGCAUGGGCUGGCCAGUACGGCUCCAGGGAUCCAGAGAUGAAGGACGGGGAGCUCAGCCCAGGCUGGGGCAGUAAAUACAGCAGCAGGGGCGCUGAGACCAUGGACAAGGAUCUCACCCUGGGCUGGGCUGGCAGAUCCAGCACUGCGGACACUGGGACCCCAGGCAGGGAGUUCAGCCCCAGCAGGACGGCCUGGGACAGCCGGUACAGCAGCAGGGCCAUGGAGAGCCAGGACCGGGAGUUCAGCCCCAGCAGGCCAGCGGAGGCCGAUGGAUACAGCACCAGGGCCAUGGAGAGCCAGGACCGGGAGUUCAGCCCCAGCAGACCAGCCUGGGCUGGUGAAUGCAGCACCCGGGGCAUGGAGAGCCAGGACAGGGAGUUCAGCCCCAGCAGACCAGCCUGGGCUGGUGAAUGCAGCACCCGGGGCAUGGAGAGCCAGGACCGGGAAUUCAGCCCCAGCAGGCCGGCAGAGACUGAUGGAUACAGCACCAGGGCCAUGGAAAGCCAGGAUGGGGAGUUCAGCCCCAGCAGACCAGCCUGGGAGGACAGAUACAGCACCAGGGCCAUGGAGAGCCAGGACCAGGAGUUCGGCCCCAGCAGACCUGCUUGGGCUGGCGAAUGCAGCACCAGGGACAUGGAGAACCAGGACUGGGAAUUCAGCCCUGGCAGACCAGCGUGGGACAGCGAGUACAGCAGCAGGGACAUGGAGAGCCAGGACAGGGAGUUCAGCCCCAGCAGGUCAGCCAAAGCCAGUGAGUGCAGCACCAGGGAUGUGGAGAGCCAGGAUGGGGAGUUCAAACCCAGCAGACCUGCCUGGGAGGAUGGAUACAGCACCAGGGAUGUGGAGAACCUGGACCAGUUCAGCCCCAGCAGACUGGCUGAGGCUGACGGAUACAGCACCAGGGACAUGGAGAGCCAGGACAGGGAGUUCAGCCCUGGCAGACCAGCCAAAGCCAGUGAGCACAGCACCAGGGACAGGGAGACCUGGGACAGGGAGCUCAGCCCUGGCAGAUCGGCCUGGGAUGAUCAGCACAGCACCAGGGAUGUGGAGACUUGCGAUGGGGAGCUCAGCCCCGGCAGACCAACCAAAGCCUGUGAGUGCAGCACCAGGGACAUGGAGAGCCAGGACAGGGAGCUCAGCCCGGCCUGGCAGGACAGACACAGCACCAGGGACAUGGAGAGCCGGGACAGGGAGCUCAGCCUGGCCUGGCAGGACAGACACAGCACCAGGGACACGGAGAGCCAGGACAGGGAGCUCAGCCCGGCCUGGCAGGACAGACACAGCACCAGGGGCAUGGAGAGCCAGGACAGCGGGUUCAAAGCCAGCAGGCCAGCCUGGGAUGAUGAGCACAGCAGCAGGGACAUGGAGAGCCAGGAGCAGGAGCUCAGCCCCAGCAGACCAGCUGAGGCUGAUGGAUACAGCUCCAGGGACAUGGAGGCCCAGGACAGGGAGCUCAGCGCCGGCAGCCCAGCCUGGGCCAGCGAGUGCAGCUCCGCACACACCAGAGAGGAAGGGAGCAAGGUCAGGCCCAGCCGCGGCACCGGCCAAACCGAGCUGGUGGAUGCUGCUGCCGUCGGGAAGGACUUGCCCGGCUCCCACCACCCCGAUGCCCCAUGCCGGGAUCCCUGCUGGGGCAGCACUGGGCAGCUGGAGCGCGGUGCCACCGGCAGCAGGGACUGGGCUGAGGAGGCCGGAGCGGCCGCGUGCCACAGCCAGGUCGGCAUUACCGGCACAGAGCGGGGCCCAGGCCCCUCCAGCGCCGCGGUGUCCUUCAUGCCCUGGGCUGAUGCGAUGGGACCCCCGGGGGCCCGGCACCGGGAGGGCUCCUGCGGUGCGUCGGGAGGAGCCGGCCUGCGGGAGCGCGGCUGCAGCGACGCCGAGGCCCAGCGCCGGGAAUGGGCCGACGCCUUCGGUGCCCGCUGCGCCGCCCGCAGCCGCGACGUCGGGGAGCGGCACCCGGGGGGUGACACCGGCUCCACGCACAGCAGCAGUGUCGGUCUCUGGGACCCCAGCCUGCAGAUGGAUGACCCCCCGGCCGUGGGGUCCCCCUGCACCGACCCACCCAGCCCCACAGAGGAGCAGAGGGACCCCCUGGAGCUGAUCCCUGCCCCACGGAGCCCCAGGGCCUCCCCUCUGCUGCCAGAGGCUGCCGGUGGGACCCCACCAGACACAGGGAGCGGAGCAGCCCCCUUGGGCCACUCGGAUGGGAAGAGACCCCCCAGCUGGGAGGAGAAGCGGCUCUCCAUGGGCACCCCCCAGCCCGAGGCACCCCCGGACCUCGCCGGGCAGGAAUUCACCUUCCUGGAGGACGCGGAGGUGCUGGACAGCCGCGUGUUGCGCAGCAAGGCGGAGCUGGGCCGGCAGCGCAGGCACCGGGCACCCGCGCUGCGCCCCGCCGCCCCGCACGGGGACAGCUGGCUCUUCCGCGACUCCACCGAGCCCCGGCCGGCGGCGGCCGAGGAGGAGGCAGCGGCGGAGCCCCGGAGCCGGCGGGCGGGCAGGGCCGGGAAGGUGCCGCUGUUCCCCGGCCUCAGCGCGGCCGCGCUCAAGGCCAAGCUGAGGGGCCGGAACCGCUCGGCCGAGGAGGGGACCCCGCCGGGGGACAGCAAAGUGACCCCCCCCCGGGACCCCCACGUGCAGCGCUCCAAGUCCUGCAAGAUCCCCGGCCUGAGCGGGAAACCCCUGGUGCUGCCUCCCAAACCAGAGAGGUCCUCGGGGUCUGACGCCUCCCCCCCACACUGGCUGCAAGCGCUCAAGCUGAAGAAGAAGAAACCUUGAGGGGGGCUCCCCCCUGCCGGCUGCUGCCCCCGGAUCAGGACACACACACACACAUCUAUGCACUUUGUACCAUGCUCGCAGGGUCCCUGACCCCCACCCGCCACCUCGUCCCCCUCCUCAGCCCCCAGGGCCCCCCCCCGGGCCGUGGGGUGGGCUGUGUCCCCCUCCCUGCCCCUCGCCCUGCUCUGUGUCACCCGCACACAACGAGCAGCAGGUCAGGAUGUUGGUGCCACUUGAACAGGACAAUAAAACUUCGCUGGUUGGUU